ACCAGCCAUAUCUUUCGUGGCGCCUCUCUACCGUGCCAUCACCUCCCACUCCUCAUAUCACUCCUACCCAUCACCGACAUCCCUCUUCGCUCGUGCAUUUACUGCUCACGCCGGUGACAUCUACUCACCGUGACGUAACGUACCUUCCCCCGCAUAGUGCUCCAGAUUAAAUCUGUGAGCAACUGGGCUUCAUCGUUUACAAACAAACAACUUCACCACCCAGCAGUCCGCCAAAACCACAAUCGAAGACUUUACCGACGACAUGGCCCAGACCAAGUCCGCCGUUCCGGCUCACCUGAAGAAUGCUGCCAAUGGCACGGAGGGCGAUUUCUCCGGAAGACAUCACGGCAAGUCGCAAUCACAUGUGGCUUUCGAAAACACCUCUACAUCGGUAGCCGCGUCGCAGAUGCGCAAUGCGCUCAACAACCUCGCAGAUACAGUCAAGGACUCCUCGGAGAAGAAGCGCUUCGAGACGGAGAUGGACAACUUCUUUGCGCUCUUCCGCCGCUAUCUCAACGACAAGGCGAAGGGCAACGAGAUUGACUGGAACCGCAUCGCGCCGCCCAAGCCUGAGCAGGUCGUGGACUACAACAGCCUUGGCAACUCGGAGUCUGUUGAGUUCCUGAACAAGCUCGCCGUUCUCAAGCUUAAUGGCGGUCUCGGUACCUCCAUGGGCUGCGUCGGUCCAAAGUCUGUCAUUGAAGUUCGCGAUGGCAUGUCCUUCCUCGACCUCUCCGUCCGCCAGAUUGAAUACUUGAACCGCACCUACGACGUCAACGUGCCAUUCGUGCUCAUGAACUCCUUCAACACCGACUCCGACACCGCCAACAUCAUCAAGAAGUAUGAGGGCCACAACAUCGACAUCAUGACCUUCAACCAGUCGCGCUACCCACGUAUCCUAAAAGACUCGCUCCUUCCAGCUCCCAAGACCGCCGAUUCGCAGAUCUCAGAUUGGUACCCACCGGGCCACGGUGACGUGUUCGAGUCGCUCUACAACUCCGGCGUCCUCGACAAGCUGCUCGACCGUGGCAUCGAGAUUGUCUUCCUUUCGAACGCCGACAACCUUGGUGCCGUUGUGGACCUCAACAUUCUGCAGCAUAUGGUGGAGACCAAGGCUGAAUACAUUAUGGAGCUCACAGACAAGACCAAGGCCGAUGUCAAGGGUGGUACCAUCAUUGACUACGAGGGCUCGGCGCGCUUGCUCGAAAUUGCGCAGGUGCCAAAGCAGUACGUCAACGAGUUCAAGUCGAUCAAGAAGUUCAAGUACUUCAACACGAACAACAUCUGGAUGAACCUGCGUGCCGUCAAGCGCGUCGUGGAAAACAACGAGCUGGCCAUGGAGAUCAUCCCGAACGGCAAGACCAUUCCCGCGGACAAGAAAGGUGAGGCGGACAUCAGCGUUAUCCAGCUCGAGACUGCGGUGGGUGCAGCCAUCAAGCACUUCAACAACGGCCACGGUGUCAACGUCCCGCGUCGGCGCUUCUUGCCGGUCAAGACGUGCUCCGAUCUCAUGCUCGUCAAGUCCGAUCUCUACACCCUCAAGCACGGCCAAUUGCUCAUGGACCCGAGCCGCUUUGGCCCGGCGCCGCUCAUCAAGCUCGGCAACGACUUCAAGAAGGUGUCGCAGUUCCAGGCCCGCAUCUCGUCCAUUCCGAAGAUUCUCGAGCUUGACCAUCUUACCAUCACCGGUGCGGUCAACCUGGGCCGUGGCGUUGUACUCAAGGGCACCGUCAUCAUCGUGGCUACGGAGGGCAGCACGAUCGACAUCCCACCAGGGUCGAUCCUGGAGAACGUGGUGGUGCAGGGUAGCUUGAGGCUGCUGGAGCAUUAGGUGCCUUCUCCGGGUGCCAGAGAGGAGGCGUAGCAGAUUUUGGAGCAAAGGUGGUCAUAAUAAGCGCGGCAUGGGUCGCCAAUCGAGGCACAGCGCAUCGAUUGCGGCGAACAGAAGGAAUAGCAUAGAUGUAUGAACGUAGUAACGGCACAGAGCUAGUGGCUGGAGCCUUGGAAGGUCUAGCCGCAGCAGAUAGAUGUAUCUUUGUCCAAAUCAUUGUGCGGUGCCUGUUCAG